CGUACGUGGCAAUUUUCGUUUGCUUUAGCACAAAGGCAGUUCAUAUAGAGCUCGUAAGCGACCUAACAUCGGAAGCUUUUCUUGCAGCCUUAAAAAGAUUCUUUGCACGACGGGGAAAAUGUACAGAUAUAUAUAGCGACAACGCAACUACAUUCACCGGAGCGGAUCGUGAAUUAAAGGCAAUUCACAAAACCUUGACCGUCGACACGAAUAAUAAUGUACAUAAAUAUUUAGUAAAUAAUGGCAUUAACUGGCAUUUUAUUCCUCCUCGGGCUCCUCAUUUCGGCGGGUUGUGGGAAGCUGCAGUAAAAUCAUGUAAACGCCAUCUCUUUCGCAUCAUGGGCAACAACUUAUUUACGUUUGAGGAACUAUCAACCUGUCUAAUCGAAAUAGAAGCCAUAUUAAAUUCAAGACCUUUAACUCCACUAUCUUCCGACCCAAAUGAUUUAACUCCUUUAACACCUGGCCACUUCCUAAUCGGUGACUCAAUAACAAGCACCCCGGUGUGCGACCUUACUAGUUUGAAGGCAGGACGAUUAUCGUCCUGGCAACAGGUACAACAAAUCCGACAACACUUUUGGAAACGAUGGUACAAGGAGUACCUCAAUGAACUCACCGUUCGGAAAAAAUGGCAUCAUGCAACCACCCGCAUCAUCAAGGAAGGCAUGUUGGUGAUGCUAAAGGACGACAACGCACCACCCCUCCAUUGGCCCAUGGGACGUAUCAUAUCCAUCCAUCCAGGAGAAGAUGGGAUCAUUCGUGUAGUUACAGUAAAAACUAUUCAUGGAGAAUAUAAGCGUAGCAUAAAAGGCAUCGCGCCAUUGCCGAUAGAUUAUCCGGAGACAUUAGAAUCUUAGAAACUAUGAUAUUAAAUUUAGAGAUA